AUGGGGCUGGACGUUUUAGCUGUUAGUGACAUUCGGGUAAGGGGUGAGAAAGAAGAGGAAGUGGGAGAAUACAAGGUCUACCUGUCAGGAGUCAAAGCAGGAAUAGCACAAUGGGGUGUAGGGCUUUACAUCAGGAAAGAAAUGGAACCCAGCGUAGUUGCAAUAAGGUAUGUAAACAAACGACUGAUGUGGAUAGAUUUGACAGUGUCUAGCAAGAAAAUUAGGAUUGUGUCAGUAUAUUCGCAUUGUGAAGGGACAGAUCAAGAUAAGAUGGAUAGUUUUUAUGAGGCACUCAGUGAUGUAGUUGUUAGAGUAAAGGACAAGGACAGUGUUCUGCUCAUGGGUGAUUUUAACGCCAGGAUUGGAAAUCGAACAGAAGGGUAUGAAAAGGUUAUGGGUAAAUUUGGAGAGGAUAUGGAGGCCAACAGGAAUGGGAAACAACUCUUGGAUUUCUGUGCCAUGAAAUUGGGAUUGUGA